CUCACUCAGUGACUGACUGACAGCAACCGGGCAGCAGCUCCCUCACAGCCAGCCUGACUAUCCGAGUACCGAGCGGCACCUUCUCCCUCACAGCCAGCCUGACUGUCCGAGUACCGAGCGGCACCUUCUCCCCCUCACACAGCAUGGCACGAGCUGAUAUCGGCCUUAUUGGCCUGGCAGUGAUGGGUCAGAAUCUCAUCCUAAAUAUGAACGACCAUGGCUUUGUGGUCUGUGCCUAUAACAGGACGGUGUCAAAAGUGGACGAAUUCUUGGCCAAUGAAGCCAAAGGCACCAAGAUAAUCGGGGCCCAUUCUCUGGAAGACUUGGUUAGCAAGCUGAAGAAGCCACGCCGUAUCAUGAUGCUGGUGAAAGCUGGCCAGGCGGUGGAUGACUUCAUUCAAAAGCUGGCACCCUUGUUAGAAGCUGGUGAUAUUAUAAUCGACGGUGGCAAUUCUGAGUACAGAGACAGUACAAGACGAUGUAAAGAAUUAAAGGUCAAGGGACUCCUGUUUGUAGGAAGCGGCGUUAGUGGUGGAGAAGAUGGCGCAAGAUACGGACCGUCUCUGAUGCCUGGGGGAGACCAAGCUGCAUGGCCUCACAUUAAAGGCAUUUUCCAGAGUAUUGCAGCUCAGGUUGAAAAUGAGCCAUGCUGUGAUUGGGUCGGAGAAGAAGGUGCUGGACACUUUGUGAAGAUGGUACAUAAUGGAAUUGAGUAUGGGGAUAUGCAGUUGAUCUGUGAGGCCUACCAUCUAAUGAAAGAUAUUUUACAACUGGAACAGGAUGAGAUGGCAAAGGCAUUUGAAGACUGGAACAAGACUGAGUUGGACUCGUUUCUAAUUGAGAUCACAGCAGAUAUUCUGAAAUUUCGGGACACUGAUGGCAAGCACCUUCUCCCUAAAAUCCAGGACACCGCUGGGCAGAAAGGUACCGGGAAAUGGACCGCUAUCUCCGCUCUGGAGUUUGGCGUACCCGUCACACUCAUUGGCGAAGCUGUAUUUGCUCGCUGUCUGUCAUCCUUGAAGAGUGAAAGAAUAGUAGCCAGCAAGCAGCUAAAUGGGCCCAAACAUGCGCCCUUUAAAGGUGACAAGAAGGCAUUCCUGGAAGAUAUCCGUAAGGCUCUUUAUGCAUCAAAGAUCAUAUCUUACGCACAGGGCUUUAUCCUGUUUAGACAGGCAGCCCAGGAGUUUGGCUGGAAGCUAAAUUACGGAGGCAUUGCCAUGAUGUGGAGGGGUGGAUGCAUUAUCCGCAGUGUGUUUUUGGGAAAAAUCAAAGAAGCCUUUGACCGGAACCCAAAUUUGCAAAAUCUUCUGCUGGAUGACUUCUUCAAAAGAGAGAUGGAUAACUGCCAGGAUUCCUGGCGCCGAGUGGUCAGCACAGGGGUUCAGUUUGGUAUCCCGCUGCCUUGCUUCACCACUGCACUGUCUUUCUACGACGGCUACAGACACCAGAUGUUACCUGCCAACCUAAUCCAGGCGCAAAGAGAUUACUUUGGAGCUCAUACCUACGAGCUCUUAAGCAAGCCAGGAGUUUUCGUUCAUACAAACUGGACUGGCCAUGGAGGGAACGUGUCAUCUUCGUCUUAUAACGUCUGAAGUCUGCAGCCUGCCUCCCCUCGGCAGACCCUGACCCUAGUCUUGCUGUCUUAGUGUGUUGCUAUUAUAUGUACUUUUGUAAUCACUGUAGUAAGAGAAUACAUUUUUAUGAGUUCUUAGCUCAAAUAUCAAGGAAACAA